AUGGUGAGUGUUCCAGCGAUCCAGCUCGUCCGAUUUUCGUGCCCAAAGCUAAUCGCGCAUGUGCGCAGUCUCUCGCCAACACCAUCUACAGGCAAGUUACCACGACGACAAACGAACGACGUUGACUCGCAUUCUAAUACACGGCUCUACAGCACCCUGUUCCGCAAGAACUACACCAUGCUUGCGACAGUUUUCGCCGCCGGCUUUGCUUGGGAGAUCGGUUUCAACUCUACUAUGGACAAGAUCUGGGACAGCAACAACCGAGGCCGCCAAUGGAAGGACAUCCGAAACAAGUACGUUGAGGGUGGCGAGGAUGAGGACCUCGACCACGACCGGACGUACAUUUCGGAACAAGCAUUUCUUCUGCUCGAGCUGAAACUGCCAAAAGCAUUCCCCCACCUCGCAUUACGCCACUCGUCGCCAGCCGCCCGCUAUUGCUACUCUUCAUCACCCUACGAGCUGCAUCAUGAGCUCAUGACCAUGGAGAGCCCCCUGUCAACUCAAGAGCAGCAGCUCUGUCAGCUAUUGGGAGGUCUGCCUGCACGAUACAACAAUAGAUAUACAGAAGAAGCUGCCCGGGAGCUCUUGUCCAGUCUCUUUUGGUCCCUCGCUGGUGGUAACCAUGAGUACAUGCGGCUUCUGUUCCCCGAGGGCAGACCGUCCGAAAGCCUCAAGCUUAGCGAUGCCCAAGGCGCCGUAGAGGGCGCUGAAUAUACAGAAGCAGCCCGUGGGAAACGAUGUGGCCACAUUUUCAAACCUGGCGAGGCCUCUUACAUGUGCAGGACCUGCGGGACGGACGAGACGUGCUGCCUGUGUAGCCGAUGUUUUGAUGCGACAGAUCAUACAGGUCAUAUGGUGAGGAUACAGAUCUCAGUGGGUAAUAGCGGCUGCUGCGAUUGCGGAGACGAUGAAGCCUGGAAGACGCCGCUAUAUUGUACAAUCCAUUCCGACAUGGCAUCUGGACCUCAUGCGAAGGACCCAAAGGCGCCCCCUUCGCUUCCAGAGGACCUCGUCAAUAGUGUUCAAAUGACAAUUGGCAGGGCAUUUGAUUACAUCUGUGACGUUAUAUCGUGUUCGCCGGAACAGCUUCGCCAGUCGAAGACAAAGGAGUCGAUUCUGAAGGAUGAAGAAACAUCCCGCCUGCAAUCAACAUACUACGGCUCGGAUGUUACAGAUACCGAAGAUCCAACCGAGUUUGCACUGGUGCUCUGGAAUGAUGAAAAGCACACCGUUGACGAAGUCAGAGAUCAGGUUGCUCGUGCUUGUCGGAAGUCCCGUCGACAGGCAAGCAAGGAUGCCUGGGACACUGAUGCAGUGGGUCGAAGCCUUUUGAUAUUCUCAGACGACGUCGAUCGGCUGUUACAAAUGGCAAAGAUUCUAGAAGCCAUCAGAGUUACGAUCACUAUUCGGUCAGCAAGAGACACCUUUCGGGAACAGAUGUGUGGCACUUUAGUCGAAUGGCUAAGCGACAUAUCUGGUUGUUCAAUCGGUCACGACAACCUCAUUCUUCGCCGCACCAUAUGCGAAGAGACUAUGAAGCCUUGGAGGAAAGGCAGUGCCGCGACCCAUACCAUGGGCCUCAUUGAUGACGAGGAAGAAGAGGAUCAGCGAAUGGAAUCAAGAGAUAUGCUGCACAAUGUGAACGCGCGAUUCAUCCUGGCUCUACAAGCUGCUGCUAGAGCCAGAGGUGGCUUGGAUGUGGAAAUCGACGUUGAUGUUGGAGAUGUCGAUGAUGAUGACGAUGACGACGACGACGAUGAAGACGAUGACGAUAAUCGCUCUUUUUCGGAUGAUGGAGACGACGAUGUCAUCAUGGUCGACGCCCGAGACACUAUUUCUGAGCUAGAUAUGACAUUCAGACCGGAUGACAUAUCCUUGGAAGAUCACGAAGCAACUCUGGCUGGAUAUCCGCCUCCGCCACCGCCGCCGCCUGUUCCUGCCACUGCCCCUGGCCCGGCCCCCGCAGAGACAGAUCAAAAUACCCGGCAGCGUGAGGGCACACCGUCCGAAUCCGAUAUGCAAGAGCCUCUCAUUGCGCAGAGUAUACACUCAAAGGCGAACGUCGAUAUUCCCAAAACGCCUGGCAAAUCAGAAAAGGCUAUGCCCAAUCCUGGACUGUAUUGGCUUGAAACCCCGGCCGCAUACACACGAUCAGAGAUUGUCCUGCCAGCAGAAGAUGUGUUUCAACGAGUUCGUCUGGACUGGCUACUUCUCUUUGAUCUACGAAUGUGGAAAAGGGUUCGAAACGAUCUCCGUGCUCUAUACAUAUCCACCGUAGUCCAGAUUCCUGAAUUCAAAAGGGUUCUAGCUCUUCGGUUUGCCAGCCUUUACACUAUCCUGGCUCAGCUGUAUCUCGUUGGAGAUCGAGAGCCAGAUCACUCCAUAAUCAACCUCUCUCUUCAGAUGCUGACCACGGCAUCCAUCACCGCUGAAGUAAUAGAACGGGGAAACUUUUUGACUAGCUUAUUAGCAAUCCUAUACACGUUCUUGACGACCAGACAAGUCGGCCAUCCUUGGGAUAUCUCACCCACUGCUGUCCUUGCCUUUGAUAGUGGUUCAGUCACUAAUAGACGCAUGUAUCACUUCUACCAAGACCUAAAGUACCUUUUCAGCUCUCAGCACGUUCAAGAGCGGCUCAGGAGCGAACCCAGGUACCUAAUGCAGUUUCUGGAUUUGGUGAAGCUUCACCAAGGGAUCGGGCCCAACGUACGUGCGGUCAUUGAGCAUGUGGAAUAUGAAGCAGACUCCUGGAUUACCGCAUCUCUCGUUACUCGCCAAAUCAAUUUGCAAGCCAGAAAUUUGGCCGAAGCAUUCCGCGAGUGCCCACCCGACGAGAUGCGUCAUCUCAUGCGAGCCAUCCGUAUAGCUGCCAAGGCUGCCAUCUUCAAUUCGGUUGGAGGGGAUCGGCUCAGACUCAAACAAGGAGAGAUCAGAGAUGAGGUGAGAUUUAAGACGAUGAGCGACUUGGAGUUUGAUAUUGAGGGCAAAUCGUAUGAUGUCGUCCAAUUCGUUGUCGAAAAAGAUUCCAUCAGUUUUCACCACGGGCUACAUUAUACACUAUCUUGGUUGAUUGAAUGUGGAAGAUCUCUUCCUGCGUCUAAGAUGCGAGCUCUGCUGAGCUUCACUCGUCAAGAGCUCAAGUCGAAACCACGGCUCAUGGCGGUAGGGCCUAUACAAAUCCCCAAGAAAGAGUAUAGUCAUGAGGACUAUCUGAUGGCUCUCUUUGAUUACCCUCUCCGUGUCUGCGCUUGGCUAGCCCAGAUUAAAGCCAACAUGUGGGUUCGAAAUGGUAUUAGCCUCCGCCAUCAAGCUAGUACCUAUCGCGGAGUUGGGCAGAGAGACGUCUCUCAUCAUCGAGACAUAUUCCUUUUGCAAACAGCAAUGGUAGUCUGCGAUCCCGCUCGAGUCUUGGCAUCCAUCAUUGACCGAUUUGGAAUGGAAAACUGGGUCAAGGGCAUUUUUGAAGUCUUUUCAGAAGCCCAAGAUGAUGCCCAGCAUCUCGAUGUUGUCGAAGACAUGAUUCAUCUCCUUAUUGUUCUCCUGAGUGAUCGUACCAGUUUAAUCGCUCCGGAGGAUCAGCCCAACUCUCGACUACUAGCUAUGCGCCGAGAUAUCAUCCAUGUAUUAUGCCUCAAGCCCCUUUCAUUCAACGAGAUUUGCUUGAAGCUCCCUGAAAAAUACCAAGAGUCGGAAGAAUUCCACCAAGUCUUGGAUGAGAUGGCUACGUUCAAACCGCCUGAGGGCGUUUCCGAUGUGGGAACCUUUGAGCUUCGACAAGAGUUUAUCGAAGAGAUCGACCCUUACAUUGCACACUACAAUAAAAAUCAACGCGAGGAAUCUGAGCUUGCUUACCGCAAAAAGAUGGCCAAAAAGACAGGCCAAGCCAUAGACGAUAUCGUCUUCGAGCCGAAGCUGCGACCAAUACCGUCCGGUCUCUUCCAGCAUCUGGCCGAUUUCACCGGCACGGGCGUCUUUGCACAGGUUAUCUAUUACUCGCUGUUAUAUGUAUUAACGUCUCAUAAAAUCACGCCGUCGGUGCCCAAUACGAGGCUUGAAACGUUCCUCCAAGUUGUUCUUCACCUUAUCCUGCUGGCUAUUAUGGAAGAUGAAAGCGUUGACACAGAAAUGUCCGGAAAAUCCCCCAAAUCCUUUGUCCAUGCCGCACUUACACGGAUCGCGCGAAGCAAUUUUAUGCGCGAAGCAAAGGAUGCCAGGACUAUUGUUUCGCUCUUAGAUAUGCUGUCUACCAAUGAGGACUUCAAAGCGGUUCAUCCCAGAAUUUCCCUCGUUCUCAAGCGUCUCAAGCAGAAAAGACCGACGACAUUCAACGCGGAAUUCCUGAAACUUGGACUGCCCUUGGAUCGCGUUAAUACCGCGUCCCCAGCGAACAUCUCUGUUGACGGCGAGCGCGAGAGAAGAAAGCAAGCAGCCAUCGAUCGCCAGGCCAGAGUAAUGGCGCAAUUCCAGCAGCAGCAAAAGAGCUUCUUAGAGACUCAGGGCACUACUAUUGACUGGGGAUCUGACCUCGACGAGGAAGAUGAGGAGACAGAGCAAACCGAAGACCGCAAACAUAACUGGAAAUAUCCAACCGGAACCUGUAUCCUAUGCCAAGAGGAAGCUGAUGAUCGGCGAUUGUAUGGUGCUUUUGCCCAAAUUAAUGAGAGCCUUCUGUUUCGCCAGACAGACUUUCAGGACCCUGACCUCGUCCGAGAAGCUUCUCAAACUCCGUGCAACCUCGACCGGUCAGCAGAGGAUAUUCGGCCCUUUGGUAUCGCCCAAGAAAACAGAAAGAUGGUUGAGAAACUAAAUGCUCAAGGGGAUACAUUCCUUGCCGAGCGACAGACCAUUGGCAGAGGAUUCAAAGCUUCCCUCUCACGACCGGGACCAGUGGCUAGCAGUUGUGGGCAUAUGAUGCAUUACAGCUGUUUUGAGCAGUACGUCGAGGCUGCAAAUCGUCGUCACACCCAUCAGAUUGCCCGACAUCAUCCUGAGAACAUUAACCGGCACGAGUUCGUGUGUCCCCUCUGCAAAGCGCUGGGGAACGUUUUUGUGCCAAUCGUUUGGAAGGGCUUGGAAGAGUCCUAUCCGGGAAAUCUUCAAGCAGAAGAAAGCUUUGAAGAUUUUCUAGACAAGCAAAUGUCAUCGUACCCAUUCGGCGGUAGCAAGGCCCGUGAGGUGGAUGAUUCAAGGUUGCCUGCUAUUCACACCCCAAGCCUUCCUGGCAGUUUACUACAAACAAUCACUCAAGUAAAGCCUCCUCAAAAUCCUCACUGGGUUGGUAAGGAAGACCUUGAGGCACGAUCGUCAACAACGCCGAGGGCAUCGGGCAGCUCUUCGAGAUCCGCCGCCGCCGCAGAGACGUCAGAAGCAGGGGCCAAUCAGCAACUCGUUACCACCAACGAGCUUCUGCUCAUGGAGCUGUUAACAGCCUACCAUCGCAUUAAGGAGACUCUUGUGGUGAAUAAGCUUGAUACCCGUUACCCUGUGGAUAAGAUCCAAGCAGGGGAAGAUUUGCACUCAAGCGAUACAUUGGUUCAAGUGGUUGGGUGCACCAUAUCCUCUGUGGAGAUUGAGCAACGUGGAGUCGAAGCGCAGCCAGGGAUGACGUUGAUUGAAAAGAUCCCAGAGCAAGUGAUUUCCCAUCUACGAAUUCUAGCGGAAACUACCUCGGCAUAUAUAGCGAUGGGCGGUCGACAUUCUCUUCCAGGGGGCCGAAUAGAAAGCGAAUUCAUCGCAGAUGCAGAACAGCAGCAUGGUCAGCUCUUCAUGGCGCAGUAUUUUGGAGCGGAAGCUGGCGAUGCGCGACGACGGUUGUAUAGCUACCCGCCGUUGUUAAGCAUGGACCCCUUCCUCUUUCUAGUUGAAUGCAGCUACGGUCUAGUGGUGGCCCAAAACGUCGACAUCAUGCAUGUGGUCAGGCUGUGCUACUUGGCAGAGAUUGUCAAGGUUGUGUUCCAUAUGGGUCGCAAUAUGCCGGUAGGCCUGUGGUUCGGCACGUUGGCCAAUCGAGAGACUCAAGACCCCGUCAUGAACAAUUUUGCAGAUUUCGCUCUGGCUUUGAGCAAGUCGAGCGUGGAGUUCCAAGCGAGGUCUGGCAACGACAUUCCAGACAUGGGAGAAAACCGAGGCUUCCAGCAACCAGGUGUAGACACUUUAGAAGGAUGGUAUUCAUUUGUGAAGAAAUAUGCGCUGGCCUUUUUGCGGAAAAGUACCAUAUUCCUCCACGUCAAAUAUGGUGUGGACUUUAACAACCACAUCUCAUCAACCCCGGACGCGGAUGAGCUUGAUCGCCUCACCGAGGCCCUACAGCUGCCGACAUUUGAUGAAAUGUGUGCAGCCAUGACAAUGGAUUCCCUGACUUGCGGAUGGCCUAAUACUACGCCCGCAUUAGUGACGGGCUGGGUGAAGCACCAAGUGCUCUGGACUAAGGGUUUCCCCGACUUGGUCCCUUCCGCGAUGGUCAGCCAUCCCGGCAUAUUCGAACUCAUUGGGCUCCCCAGAACGUUUGAUACCUUGAUCGAAGAAGCUGCGAGAAGGAGAUGCCCUACGACGGGUAAGGAUCUCACGGAUCCCGUCAUUUGUCUUUUCUGUGGAGAUUUGUUCUGCAGCCAGGGCACAUGUUGCCAGAAACUUGAUACGGAUGGCACUAAACUUGGCGGCGCCCAACAACAUAUGAAAAAGUGCCAAAGGAAUAUUGGCGUAUUCCUCAAUGUGCGGAAGUGUGCUAUCGUCUACCUAUUCUACCGCUCCGGGUCAUUCACUCCUGCACCGUACAUUGAUAAAUACGGCGAGACAGACCCACAGCUGCGACAUGGCCGGCAGCUAUAUUUGAAUCAGAAACGAUAUGACUCCAUGAUCAGAAGCACAAUACUCAAGCAUGGAGUUCCCAGCCUAAUCAGUCGAAAGCUAGAGGCGGAUAUCAACAAUGGGGGCUGGGACACCUUGUAA